UACCCCACUCUCUCUCUCCCUCCAACUACUUCUUCUUUUUCUCUUCUUAAUAUAUAUAAACACACAUAACAUCCUUCAAUUUCCCAUUUCCAUUUUCCUACCUUAAAUCUAAAACUUUCCUAUAUAUAUAUAUAUAUAUAUACACACACUCAGAUACACAUACACUCAUUCAAUAUCCAUGGAAGAAGUAGAAGUAGUAGUCUCUCAUGAACAAGACCACAACAACCAUAAUCAUCAUCAACAACAAAUGAAUAUUCUCAUGAAAGGCAAGCGCACCAAGCGCCAGAGGCAACCCUCCUCCCCCUUGACCGCCACCGCCACCGCCACCGCCGCCGCUUCUACCUCAUCCUCAAGCGCUAAUUACUCCUUCUCCUCUCCCACAACCUCAUCUGCAGGCGGCGGCGGCGGAGGAGGAGGAGGAGGAGAGAGUACUACUACAGAUCAGGAAGAAGAACAAGACAUGGCCAAUUGCCUCAUUCUCCUCGCUCAAGGCGAUCAUCUCCGCCGCCGCCACCGCCGUCGCCAUCGUCGCAAAGAGACUCCACUACUCACCGCCACUACUACUACUACAGUUACUCCUAGUAAUGAUACUAAAGGAUUCUAUGUUUACGAGUGCAAGACAUGCAAUCGGAGUUUCCCGUCGUUUCAAGCUCUCGGCGGCCACCGCGCCAGUCACAAAAAGCCUAAACUGUUCUCGGACGAUAAAAAGUCUCUUCAUCCCAUCUCCACCGCCGCCGCCGCGGAAGAAUUCUACGAAGAAGAUCAAGAAGUAGUAGAAGAUGAUCCUAAUCCCCAUCCUCAUCCUCAUCCCCUUCCCCAUCAUCACCAUCAUCAAGAAGUAUUGGUGUUCAACAAAACGACGACGUCGUUUAACAACAAGCAGGCUAAUAAGGUCCACGAGUGCUCCAUAUGUGGCUCCGAGUUCACCUCCGGUCAAGCCCUCGGCGGCCACAUGAGGCGGCACAGAGCACACAAUUCAUCAUCUACAACUACUAUUGCUACGACAAAUAAUUCAUCGUCGUUUCAUUCUCUUCCUCAACACCCUAAUAAAGUACAGAGGAAUAUUCUGUCACUGGAUCUGAACCUUCCGGCGCCGGAAGAGGACCACAACCACAACCACCACCACCACCACCACCGCGAAUCAAAGUUCCAAUUUGCUCCAACUCAACAAGCUCUCGUCUUCUCAGCCCCUGCCUUGGUUGAUUGUCAUUACUAGUCCAAAAUUAAAAAAAAAAAAAAAUCAUUGUGAAUUAUUAUCAUUAUUAUUGUUAUUAUUAUUAUAAAUUUGAUAAAUUCUAUAGUUUUGCUGUUAUGAAUAUGGAUUUUUUUGAAUUAAUAUAUACUUGUUGUUAA